GAACGAGGCGUGGUGGCGCUACUGCAAGCACUGCAAGGGCGAACUUGUGCCGACGCAGGACGGGCUGCGACCUGGGCCAGGUGGCCGAGCCGAUACGCCAGGGGGACGGCGUGACGGCUCCAGGGUCCGCUUCGCCUUGUCCAGCGUGGAAGAGCUGCCCAGCGGCAGCGACGCCGACCCCGAGGAGGCCAAGCUGGUGCAGCUCAUCAGCUUGCUCCGCCAGGAGCAGGACGAGGGCGGAGUGCGCAAGUACCAGGAGCAGCUCGACAGCCUGCGCAGUGCCCGUCGGGCGCGGCCCUUGUCCGUGGACGAGGCCAUGGCUGCCAGGGAUGCGGCAGCUGAGGCCUUGGACAAGGCGGUCGAGCAUGCUGACUCGCUCCAGGCCCAGUUGGACAGCGCCAAGUCGGUGGUGGUGGCCCGCUCCGCCAAGUACGAUGAGGCUCUGGCAGCUUACACUACGGCUGUGCAGGCCUUGGCGCAGCAGGUCGCUGGCGCAACACCGCAGACGGCUGGCCCGCCGCUCUCAGGCAAGCUGUCCAUCGCCAAGCUGCUCCAGG